AGUUCAUGGCCAAAGAAGACAACAACUUUCAAAUGAAAUCAGAGCAACCUUAGUUGAUCAUGUCAUCAACCAUGGGCUGACAAUGCGAGAGGCUGGACAGAGAGUGCAGCCCAACUUGAGCCGUUUUACUGUCGCCUGUGUCAUCCGGACAUUUAGAUUGGAGUACAGGUAUGUAACAAACAUUUCUUUCACACUAUGUAGUACACCCCAUGUCAUAGUGUAUCAGUUGGGUGACACCUGUUUACUUCAUGAAUGGCUGAUGUCUACAAGUUUCCUGUACAAUUUCCUCUACUGUGGGGGAAAUAUCUUUAGGAUGCAUUGUCCAAGCCCUAUAUUUUAGUUUUUUUGUUUUUCUAAAGGACUGAGAGACGCAGCCAUGGUGGAGGAAGGGGCCAAAUGUUCACCGGGGUACAGGAAGCUGCCAUUGUAAACUUGGUUUUGGAAAAUAAUGAAAUCAGAUUACAAGAAAUUCAAAGCCACAUCAUCCAAGACAACACCCUAUUCAACAACAUUCAACGAGUCAGUCUGUCCACAUUGGCUCGCAUUCUCAAGCGAAACCAAAUCAGAAUGAAACAACUUUAUAAGGUGCCGUUUGAGAGAAACUCUCAAAGAAACAAAGAGGUCAGACGAGCAUAUGUGGAUGGAGUACUGGAAAUGGAUGCUCAUGCAAUCCCACAUGAGUUCAUCUUUAUAGAUGAGGCUGGGUUCAACCUAGCAAAGACCAGAAGAAGGGGGAGAAACGUCAUUGGCCACAGAGCCAUUAUAGAUGUUCCUGGCCAACGUGGUGGGAACAUCACAAUGUGCGCUGCCAUCUCCAAUACGCAUGGUGUCCUUCACCGUCUUGUCAACCUUGGACCAUACAACACAGCCCAUAUUCUCACAUUUCUGGACAGACUCCACAACAUUCUCAUACCACCAGAGCGUAUGAAUGAUGCAGACCAUCAGAGAACCCGGUACGUUGUAGUAUGGGACAACGUGAGCUUUCAUCGUGCAGCCCCAGUCCAAAACUGGUCUGCUGACCACCCACCAUUUCUCGUGCAAUACCUCCCACCAUACUCACCAUUUCUGAACCCCACAGAAGAGUUAUUUUCGGCAUGGCGGUGGAAGGUAUACGACCGGCAGCCCUUUGUGCGCAUGCCUCUUGUGCAGGCUAUGGAAGAGCCAUGUGAUGAGAUUGAUGUGGGUGCGAUUCAGGGAUGGAUAAGGCACUCAAGGCGCUUCUUCCCUCGAUGUCUGGCAAGGGAAGAUAUUGCCUGUGAUGUGGACGAGGCGUUGUGGCCAGACCCAGCUGUGAUGUGGACGAGGCGUUGUGGCCAGACCCAGCUUCCAAUGUAA